UUUCAAAGUUGUUCAAGUUACAAGCAGUGCGCAUGAAGAUGUGAGUGACGUAAGAUGGCAGCAGCGGCUCGCCUGUGAAUCCAUAUUUUCCCUUUUUCUAGAGGACCGCUUAAGAGUUUUGAUACAUGAUGUACACGACAACUGGACUUUCAUGCUAUUGUUGGAGCUCUUCCAGAAAAAGCACCAAUGUCUGAGUGCGCCACUUUGGACUACACGUGCGCGCCGCAGCGUGUGCACCUGAACACAUCGUCAAGACACUUGGGCCACUUGUGAGUUAACUGGAAUUCGUCAGAUUUGGACUAUAUGCUCGGUGGGUGUUUGAAAAGGAGGAGGAGGAUGUGUGGGCCGCUGACAGUGGUGCUUCUAAUCCACCUCGGAGCCACCUUAACAGGGGCCUGGAAAGCAUCUCAGCCCAGACUGCAGUUCACACACACUGAACUGAUCCAGAAUGGCCGCUUGCUAACGCUGCCCCUGGCGGCGGGAGACCUGCACUCCCUUCUGCCCGAUAAAGACGGCAUGCGCCUGUAUGUGGCCAUGAAAGAUAACCUGCUGUCUACCAGCAUGGAUGACAUCACGCAGAACCCCCGCAAGUUGCAUUGGCCUGCCAGUCGGGACCGCAUCCAAGAAUGUCUCAUGGCUGGAAAGGAUCCAGAGACCGAGUGUGCAAACUUCCUGCGAGUGCUGCAACCUUUUAACCAGACUCACCUAUACGUGUGCGGUACUGGGGCCUUCAACCCCAGGUGUGCUUUCAUUGCCAUCAGCAUCUUCCAACAGUCAGGACACCAGACCCUCUCCUACAGCCAGACCGAGUGUGGGAAGGGAAAAUGUCCCUACGACCCCUUUCAGAAAACAGCAUCUGCAGUUGUGGACGGAGAGCUGUAUGCUGGCAUUACCUCGGACUUCAUGAGCAGGGACUCUGCCUUCUUCCGUAGUCUUGGCAACCGUCAUGUCAUCCGCACGGAGCAGUACGACUCCACCUGGAUGCAGGAUGCCCACUUUGUGCGGGUCGCGCCGCUGUCUGAAACAGAUAACCCAGAAGACGAUAAGGUCUACGUGUUCUUCAGCGAGCGUGCCCAAGAGGCCGAGGGGGCCGCUGGGAAGGUGCUGUACUCCAGAGUGGCCCGAGUGUGCAAGAAUGACAUUGGAGGACAGAGGAGUCUGGUGAACAAGUGGAGCACUUUUCAAAAGGCUCGGCUGGUGUGCUCAGUCCCAGGACCAGAUGGCCUGCAGACACACUUCGACCAACUACAGGACGUUUUCAUCCUGCACGGCAAAGACAAGAAGAACCCUCUCAUCUACGGCCUGUUCACCACUUCCAGUGAUAUCCUCAAUGGCUCGGCCGUGUGCGUUUACCGAAUGGAGGAUGUGAUCCGGGCUUUCAAGGGCAACUUUUUGCACAAGGAGGGGCCUCAGUACAAGUGGGCGGAGUUUACUGGCAAAGUGCCCUACCCGCGUCCCGGAACUUGUCCCAGCAGCACAUAUGGAAGCUACAGCUCCACCAGGGAGUAUCCUGAUGAUGUCAUCUUCUUUAGCAGGACUCACCCGCUGCUAGAGGAAAAUGUGCUUCCCCUGGGAGAGCGCCCCCUCCUUGUCAGAGUGGGCGUUCACUACAAGUUCACCAAACUGCUGGUGGACAGAGUGGAAGCCGUGGACAGCACUUACGACGUCCUGUUUAUCGGCACGGACUCUGGCUUGGUGCUGAAGGCCAUUCAUCUGCCCCGAGAGCACGGCGAAAGUCAGGAGGUGACGCUGGAGCAGCUGGAGGUCUUUCAGCACAAAUCACCUGUGACAGCCAUGACACUCUCAAAGAAAAAGCAGUGGCUGUUUGUGGGCUCCAGAGAGGGGGUGUCCCAGCUGGCCCUCUACCAGUGUGAGCUCUACGGUCAAGCGUGUGCCGAGUGCUGCCUGGCCAGGGACCCCUACUGCACUUGGGACGGACACGCCUGCAGCCCCUACAUGCCCACCGUGCGCAGGAGGAAUGCUCGUCAUCUCGGCGAGGACGAGGAUCCGUUAACUCAGUGUGUCCGACAAGGAGCCGGGCUGCAGGUGGAGGCGGAGCAUAGGGUGAUGAUGGUUGCCGAGGGCAACAGCACCUACCUGGAGUGUCUUCCCCGAUCCAGGCACGCCGCUGUCACAUGGUACAAGCAGGCGGGAGAGAACAGUCCUGAGCUAAACCAGGUGCUGUCAGGCGAGCAGGUGGUGGUGAUCGAGCGCGGCGUCCUCAUCCGUCGAGCCGAGCUGUCCCACGGCGGCGUCUACCACUGCCAGGUGGAGGAGCACGGCUACCACUGGACCGCCGUCACCGUCCACCUGGCCGUGUGGAGCCCCUCGCCCGGCCGACUCAUCGCUUCCUGGUCGGGCUCCUCCCACCCGGGCGCGUCGGCGGCGGGCCAGCUGUGGCACGGCGACGCCAUGGCGCUGGUGCACCCGAGGAACCUGGGCCAGCACUGCCGCGCGCUCGGGUACCGCCCGCCUCGCAACCGCCGCCGCCACAGCGACAUGGCGGCGCAGGCCGAGAAGGAGAAGGAGAGGCACAAGAACGGGGGAGGAGGAGGCAGGGUGGCGGGCAGGAAGAGCAGGAGUAAGCCUCAACAGAGGGCGCCAAGGAGCGCUUGAAUGUGUCACCGCACACACACAUGCAUGUACGCACGCACACACACACACACACACACACACACACACACACACUCUGUAAAUAUACAUCGGCAUGCACUUAUUGUCUUUUU